CGCAGGAGGGGAGAAGGAGGAGCCGAUGGAGGAAGGAGGGCAGGCCCUGGAAGAGAAAGCAGCGCUCGGCUUCCAGAGGGGCUUCUUAGCCGGGAAGCGCCUGGCCGAACUCCCCUGGGAGAGUCUUGAAGAGGCCCUAAAAUAUUCAGAGGAUUCCUCUCCAUUUUUGGCUGUCCUACAGAAGACUGUGUAUCAUCCACUCUGUUUGAAAUAUCCUCCAUCGGUUCAAUAUAGAAGACGCUUCUUAUCUGAGCUGAUCAGAAAGCAUGAAUCUACAAGCACUGAACCUCUGGAUCAGCUCUACGAAGCCUUAGGGGUGGUCCUGAAUUGUGAAGAAACCACACACUGUUACAAGAACUAUUUAUUGCCCUCAGGAGAUGCCGUUACACUUCGUGAAAACGUGGCGUUCGUUUCACAGGGAACCACAGGUCUAGUCACCUGGGAUGCUGGCCUCUACCUGGCCGAAUGGGCUCUGGAGAAUUCAGAGGUCUUCAGAAACAGAAGAAUUCUGGAAUUGGGAAGUGGGACUGGAUUGACGGGAAUUGCCAUUUGCAAGGCUUUCCGCCCGAGAGAGUACAUCUUCAGCGAUCACCACGAGGGUGUCCUUGAACAGCUGUCUGAGAACAUCCAUCUGAAUGGUUUGACUUUGGAGGCUGAAUCUUGCAGCCAUUGUACAGGAGAAAGCCCAAACCAUCAGGGCCAUCCUGAUGUUGACUUGGAAGAUGACCAUCUCCAAAUAUCAGUAAAAGAACUGGACUGGAAUCUAGUGUCCAAGGAUGAGCUUGCGAAAUUGCAAGCCGACGUCAUUCUUGCUGCAGAUGUGGUAUACGAUCCGGAGGUAAGCCAGCACUUGAUUGGUGUCCUGCAAAAAUUUCCCAGGGACGGAGAGCCUGAAGUUUACAUUGCCUUCAAUAUCCGAAAUCCGGAUACGUAUCACGACUUCCAAAUGCAACUAGAUAAAGUGGAGAUUGGACGUGAAGUGGUAGCUGCCUCUUGGAAGAAUCUUUUCCCAUAUGACCAGCAUGCUAAUAUAGUAAUUUUAAGGCUGCACAUUUAAGGGUUUUUUUCCCCUAACUCUUGAUUGGAAAGCUUUUUCCAAAUAUUACGAUUGGGAAUAACUUUGGCCAUCAUGAGCUAGUUUCAUUCUUAAUGUUCACUCCAGCCAUCUUCUCGGGAAGCAUCAAAAUGCCUCUCACAGCUACACUAAAGACUUCUUGUGUUGUAAUCAGUGGGUUUACAGGAAUAUUUUUCUCAAUCUUGUCAAUUUUAAGAUGUAUGAAUAUCAACUGCCAAAAUUCCAGUUUCUCAGUCUUAGCAACUUUUAAGAUGUGUGGUCAUGAACUCACAGAAUUCGCUGGGGAAUGGAAGUUGAAAGUCCACACAGAUCUUAAAGUUGACAAGAUUGAGAAACACUGAUCUACAAGAUAAAUUACUAAACUUUUGCAUGUUUACGGAUUUAAAGUUACCCUGUUGCAGUCUUAGGGACGCGGUGGCUCAGCGGCUAAGACGCUGAGCUUGUUGAUUAGAAAGAUCGGCAGUUUGGUGGUUUGA